GAUAAUGAUAAGAAGUGGCAUCCAAUGAAGAUGCUAUCUCCACUGUCGGUUGUUUGCUCAGGGCCUGAAAGACACAAGAGUCUUGUGACCACUGCGCUCAGAUGUCCUUUUGUGACUGCACAGCUCUACCUCAAACAGCAGCUGGGAAGCAAACUGCAGAAAGUACGUCACUGACAGAUGUACCACCUAUCAGCCCCAUCUGUGAGAGCACAAAGAUGAGUCCCUGUUUGCAAGUGAAAGUGGCUUUUUAACAGGGCAACUGAAAUGUUGAAUUUUAAACACUGCAUACACACAGUCGCUGCGCAGGUUGAAAGUGGGUGUAGCCCUGCUGGGACUCCCAUGAGGUCACUAGUCCCCAGGUAAAGGAACGGUAACCUGCUGUAACUACCUUUAGGGUGCCAUUAAUUCUGCACUAACCACCCCUUCAGUCCUGUGAAGAGGUCUUAUCAGGCACAGUAAAUAAAAUCGCCUGCGUGGGUUACCGUUGGUGAGCAGUGCCUUUAAAUUGCAUUUUGAAAAGUUAACAUUGCCUAAAGGUAGAGGAAUUAAAGCCAUCACCCUCAGCCAAGGGCAGAAACAGAGCUGGGUGGAGUGCUUACAGUCACAGUGUGGUAUUUUGCAUGCAGGUUCACCAUCAUGGCACACUGGGACACUUAAUGGAAGUUAGGCAUUUUAUUGAAAUGUGUUUCACAUGACGUCAAUAUCUGCUGUGAAAAAGGCUGAUUGUGCCCACCUUCAACCUUAGCAGUGGUUUGAUCUGCCUUUAAAUGUAUAUUAUUAAAACAGAAAACAAACCCAAAGGCUUUGGUUCAGCAAGUAUGAAAAGAUCUGCAUACCCGAAUCUGUCUCAAAUCUCCUUUCAUGUUUACACAUUUUUACUCUUUCUGUUCUUGAGCAUUUUUCAGUGUGUGAUGAUGUCAUGUAGCGCCAGAACUCUUGUCACCAGCAACACAUUUCGAUUAAGUCAUCAGUGGGAGCGUCAACCGGCUAUCCCUGGUCCAGCCUUCCUGCUUCCUGUCACCCAGUGCAACUAUCUGAAAGACCAGCUUAACUUCAUGUUGAGAGCCAUGACGUUUAAAUUUAGACCGUCCUGCAUCGAGCCGUGGGUUGGGUAGUCAAAGUGACUCACUAGUAUACAUGACUAAUACCUGCCUCAGUUCAUCAUAGAUACUUUCUGUUUGUGUGAGAGAGAUUGAACCUUUUCACUGCUGGUUAAUUCUCCUCCUCUCUCUCUCUCUCUCUCUCUCUCUCUCACACACUCACACUGGUGAUAUUCGAAUAACCACAGGAAGGCUGAAAAGGCGGAAAGAGCAUGCAGGGCAGAGGGAGCGCCGUCUCGCGGUGAUAAGCCGGGGCACUUCCAGAGCUGGAUUUAUGGCGAGCAGCUGUUGAGUGGCUGACAGACGUGUGAGGAGCUCAAGCCACUGCUGCUGCUUCAAAAGCUGCUUGUACCAGCUCCAGCUCUGCUUACAGUUGUGUAGGAACAAGGACUGCUGUCUCAACAAAUAAGGGCAGCAGAUGGUGCGAGAGCAGUAUGCCACCACCACCGAGGGCAGCAGCAUGCCCAGCCAGGUGCCUGACCACGAUUACAAGAUCGGCAUCUAUGGCUGGAGGAAGCGCUGCCUCUACCUGUUUGUCCUGCUGCUCAUCAUCAUCCUGGUGGUCAACUUUGCCCUCACCAUCUGGAUCCUCAGGGUGAUGUGGUUCAACACAGAAGGGAUGGGAUUCCUACAAGUACACUCAGAUGGGGUCAAGCUGGAGGAGGGCGAGUCGGAGUUUCUCUUCCCUGUCUAUGCUCAGGAGAUCCACUCCAGAGAAGACUCUUCACUUCUAGUGCACUCGAUGGAAAAUGUUUCCCUUAAUGCCCGCAAUGAAAAUGGCGAUGUCACAGGGAGGAUAUCAGUGGGUCCAAAAGAGGCUCAGGGACACGUCCAAAAACUCCUCAUUAGCUCCCACAAUGACAACAUGCUGUUCACUGCAGAUGGCAACCAGGCUGUGAUUGGACCAGACAAACUGCGAGUCACAGGUCCUGAAGGAGCUCUUUUCCAGCAUUCAGUGGAGGUGCCCCAGCUGAGAUCUGAACUCCUCAAAGACCUGAGGUUGGAGUCUCCUACUCGCUCUCUCAGUAUGGACGCACCAAAAGGUGUUCAUCUCAAAGCCCUGGCUGGCAAUAUUGAAGUAGCUUCCAACCUGGAUGUUAUUCUGCAGUCUACUGGAGGACUGCUGGUGCUGGAUGCUGAGACGGUGCGCAUGCCAAACCUGACUCUGAGCAAGGGAGGGAUUUCCGGAAAUGCUCAGGAUCUCUACGAGGUCUGUGUCUGUCCUAGUGGUAAGCUCUUCCUGUCCAAGGCCGAGGUCACUUCCACUUGUAGUGGCAAUCAGAAGUGCUAGAAUGACGCUGACAGGGUCAUCGAUUUUCCAUCUCUCAGUAGAUGCAUCAUCGGGGAGGCGACAAGCACAACUAUUUAUAUCAACAGUUUUUUUUAAAAGUCUUUAUACCACAGUGGAUCUACGGUGAGCUCAGUGCUAAGAUCCAACUGGCACAACGAGGCCUGUAAAAAUACAAAUGCCUGCUGGUGAACAUGAUGGAGAUGUCAUGAAAUGCAUCCUUAGUUAUGUCUAUGACCUAACUAUUCAGCUGAAACAAACUGGCACUCAGUACCAAUUGUGUCUGAAGCAGAGGUUUGUGGAGAAUUUUCUUUAAACACACACACACAGUAUGGCUGGGCAAUGAGGAGCUGGUAACAGCUUACAUCCUAUGCAAUAUUAUCUUUUGGUGCAAUAUAUUAAAUUGACACAUAUCAAGGGUUUGAAAUAAUCCCUUGAUAUGUAUCAUUACAAAGAAUGAAUAGAAAUGUCUGAAAUGGCAACAGAAUGUUACUAAAAAUAUUUAUUUUGGUUUAUGCGUGUUGUUGUGGCCUUAAGCCACUGGUAUUUAGUGUUUUGUUUUGGUAUUAAGCAUGCUUUUAUUUAACUGAGGGACACUUUGGAGAAAUUCUGGUAUAUAUUUUCAUUGUCAUAGUCACUUCAGAGAUUCGGAGAUGGGCUUUAUCUCUUGUUUGAUUCAAAUUCAGACACAGACCUUUCUUGUUUUGUUUCAGUUGCAUUAUGGGGCUGAAAUUAAAACACCAAGUCCUUAUAGCACCACAGUGUUACUAGUGUGGUAUCAUAUGAACAAAUGUUGUUUCAGUUUAAAACACUACACACAAGCAAACACACAUUCCCAUUCAACUCAAAGGGAAAGUAUUCCAACAUUUGAAUGGUAGUGUAUGUGUUUGGCUUGUUAUUUCAUUAAACCCUUCUUAUGCAUGUAAUUAUGCAUUAGCUACAAGAGUUUUUUUUUUAUUCAAGUGCAUUGCUGUUUGUUUAGUAACCUUAUCUACAGCCAAGGGUUCAUUACAACAAAGCACUCCAUUAUACCACAACAAGAAACAAGCAAAACAAAGCAGGUGUAAUUAUGGUGCUUUAGUUGUGGCUGGUUUUAUUAAUCUGAUUGGAAAAAUAAUAGGAUGAUUAUAUCUGUUUUGCUUUUGCCUUGUGGGUUAAAUAUUCCUUGAUUUUAUUUUCUUUCUACAUAAUAUGGAUGAGAAAGAGGCUACUUCAUAACAUUUGCCUGUGUUGUAACAUUAAGUUCUUGGUUUGCAUCAAAAAGGUCAAUAUUCUGUAAUGAUGCUUAGACUGAGUUCAGCAAGUUUAUCCUACAGUACAUUUCUGCAAGAUGGUUUUAGCAUAAUUAACAUCUCCUGCUGUUGUGUUAUCACUGUCACCACUGAUGCACAGUUUGUAGUUCUCACCCACAGUAUGUACUGGCAUAUUUUGAUAAGGUGUGUAAUGUGUAUUUAUUAAUUUUGUAUGU